CAUCAACAUGAAGGUCACGACUCACUCACUGGUGGCCCUUAACAACCCCAACAACAACAACAACAAGGAAGAAGUUUUGCUCUUCAAGAAUGAAGAUGUUUACUAACACAUUUCUUAGGCAUGGUUGUGGCAUAUUGCAAUCAAGUUUAUGUCGACCAUCCAGUGUCUCUAAUUACCUGGACAUAGGGGCUUCACGGGUUUUCAUGAAUUUCAGCACAAGAAAUUCACCCAAAACUGGCAUACUUAUGCUCAACAUGGGCGGUCCAAAGACUCGAGAUGAAGUUCAUGAUUUUCUAUUACGGCUUUUUAAAGAUCGUGAUAUAAUACAACUUCCAUUCCAAGACUAUAUGGGACCAUGGAUUGCCAAGCGAAGAACGCCAAGCAUCCAACAAAAAUAUGAUGAAAUUGGUGGGGGAUCUCCAAUUUUUCGAUGGACUGAUAUACAAGGUGAGCAGCUGUGUAGUCGUCUAGACACUGUCUGCCCUCACUCGGCACCACAUAAGCACUACAUUGGUUUUCGUUAUGCUAAUCCUCUUACCGAAGAUACAUUAGAACAGAUGGAAAAGGAUGGUGUAGAGAACUGUAUUGCAUUCUCACAGUAUCCACAGUACAGUUGUAGCACCACCGGCUCCAGCAUGAAUGCCAUCCAACAAUUUUAUGCUAACAGAUCUGUAGAGACAAACAUGCGCUGGAGUGUAAUUGACAGAUGGUGUACAAACUCUUUCCUGGUAAAAUGCUUUGCUGACAACAUCAGGAAUGAGCUAAACCAGUUUCCCAAGGAGAAACAAAAGGAUGUUUUUAUUCUCUUUUCUGCUCAUUCUUUGCCUUUAAGGCAAGUUAACCGUGGAGAUCCCUACCCAGCUGAAGUGGGGGCCACAGUACAGUUGGUGAUGAAUGAAUUGAGCUUCUCUAAUCCCUAUCGUUUGGUUUGGCAAAGUAAAGUGGGUCCACAGCCGUGGCUGGCACCUGCGACUAAUGAUUCAAUUAAAGGUUUGGUGCAGCGAGGAAGAAAAAACAUCAUCUUGGUUCCCAUAGCCUUUACCAGUGACCACAUUGAGACACUUCACGAGCUUGAUAUUGAGUAUGCGAAGGAUAUCGGGAAAGAGGUUGGAGCAGAGUGUAUUCGUCGCUGCGCAUCUCCUAAUGAUCAUCCACUGUUUAUCGAUGCUUUGGUAGAUGUUGUCAGCAAUCACUUGAAAAUGGGGCAUCGUUGCUCAGAACAGUUUCUCACUAAUUGUCCCAUGUGUGUUAAUAAAUCAUGUUUUGCCUCAAAGAAAUGGUUCAGAUAUGCUACUAAGAAGUUUUAGAUGCAAUAUUUUGGGAAGGUUCAGCUAUUAUAUAUUUUCUUUGUUUUUAUUAUUUUUUU